GGAUUAGUAACAGAUGGAGAGAAAGGUGCGGAAGACUUGCUUCUUUCCGUUUAUGGGAAAAUUCAGAAAACAGUGGAACUGUGUUCAUCACGUGAAGGCUACAAGAAUAGUACUAUUAUGAUUGAUGAUAUCUCUCUUAUGGAAGUAGCUCUUUGUGGCUCGUCAAAUCUCGUGUUAGAUUUUCUUCAUUACUGCUACAGUUUAGCAACACAAUUUGAUUGUCUGGUUAUCAUUCUUAAUCACGAGGAUGUUUAUUCCACCGUGGACGUGCCUAGCCCACUUCUUCAAAUGGAAUACCUUGCAAAUAUAGUCAUAAAAGCAGAACCUUUAGCAACUGGUUUGGCAACUGAUGUUCAUGGCCAGUUAACUGUUCUCAACAAGGGAAUUUGUCAAGGUUCUGGAUGCUCAAAAAGCAAGAUUCGCAACUUCCAUUUCAGGGUGAAAGAAAAUUGCGUUGAAUAUUUCUAUCCUGGGAGUCGGACUUGAAUACUAAAUAUCCUUGUGAAAUGUAAUUCAUGAGUACAAUUUUUUUUUUCGUGGGAAACUGGUGCAACUGGUACUCCCAGUCCUAAGGAAGCUAGCAAAUUCAUCAACAUUACUCUUAAUUGGCUGGUGGUUGUCAUCAUGCUGUAUACCUUCAGAAUUUAAAGGAUGAUGCAAAGAUGGUCGUUUGCAAUGCCUGUUUCUUCUUGUUAGCCAUUUGCAAGCACGUCACGGGCUCCAAUUUUGGAAGAUCAUGAUUCCGGCUAGUUCUUGUUGGGCAUCUUAUUCAAGCAGUGAUUUCUGACCAGGCCGGAACGGGAAAUAACUUAAAAUCUCUCAUCCAGCAACAGGCGAGACAACCCUUUAAAAUCCAAUUGAAAAGGGGAGAAGUGGUUUCUUCAGUCGGACUAGUUCUUUGGAGUUUUUACAAAUUGUAUGAUUUUAAGAAAUCCCAAAUUUAGCUUAUUUUGGUCUUUAUUAUUGUGUUUGGAUUGCAUUUUCCAUGAUUUUUCAUGGAAAAAUUACUGUAGCGAUUUGAUAUAUGUGAGGGAAAAAGGUAAUAGGAAAAUGUGAUUACG